AUGCAUCUUGCCGUGUUUGGGGCUAAUGUCUUUUUCAUGGACCAACAUUUAGUUGGUACCGACAUUCCCAUGGAUGAUGGGUUUUCUCAUAUUCUUCCUAGUCUUGAUGUUGAUACUGAAUUGGCCCAUCCUCCCGUUUCUCCUCCGAGCACCAUUUUGGGUAAACGUAAACGGUCAUCCUUCUCUCAUCAGUUUAGUGAUUUUUUGCAUGGGAUAACAGACAAGUAUGUAUCAAAGGCAAAUGGUUUGGUUGAACUUCAGAGUUCUUCUGGCCCCAUUGUUGAUUGGUCUUGCCGAUCUUGUAAUAUGUUGCAAGAAGAAUUGGACGAGGCUUGCCAAGUUAUUGCUCGAGAUGAGGAUAUUUUAGUUGUUGUUAACAGGAAAGAGUCGAAAUUUUAUGAUGGAUUGGUAAGUUUGCAUGAUCGUUACUUGUACGCCGAAGUGAAUUUGUGUGGAGCUGAAGGUACGAAGUCGGCUGGUGAGGAGAUAUUUUUAGAGGCUGUAAAAUAUCACGCUGAGAUGAGAGAUCGAUUCUGCACUACUUCUGAGAGGAUUUCUUUUUUGGAGAAUCAGCGUUCACUUUUAGAGGUUAACUACGAGGCUGGACUUCGAUAG